GUCCUGAACCCGCUCACCCCCGUGCAGGACACCCUGUGCCAGCUGCAGAACGAGACGUCGGCCAACAACCCGGCCGCCGUGCCGCAGCGGUCCGUCAACUUGUACUACAUGGUCAAGAUGCAGAUCAGAUCAGACAACGUGUGCCUGAGGCCGUGGUCGUUCGAGCGCGUGCCCAACAGGAUGAUCCGGGGGCUGGACCGCGCCCUCAUCUACACGUCCACCAAGGAGGCCUGCCUGGCCGCCUGCCUCAACGAGCACCGGUUCGAGUGCCGCUCCGUGGAGUACAACUACGUGACGCUGCGCUGCCACCUGAGCGACGCCGACAGGCGCAGCACCGGCCAGUACAUCCAGAUGGUGGAGGCGCAGGGCGUCGACUACUUCGAGAACCUCUGCCUCAAAGCCAACAAGGCCUGCAAGGGCAGCCGCGUGUUCUCGCAGCCGCGCAUCGGCGUGGCGGCCGACAAGGUGGCGCAGUACGCCAGCCUGCACUACUACGUGGACAAGGAGCUGCAGGUGGCGAGCGAGGCGGCCUGCCAGCUCGCCUGCGAGGUGGAGAACGAGUUCCUGUGCCGCUCCUUCCUGUUCCGGGGGCCGCCGCAGGGCGCGGCCUACAACUGCCAGCUGUUCCACCUGGACCACAAGACCCUCCCCGACGGGCCCUCCACCUACCUCAACGCGGACCGGCCGCUCAUCGACGACGGCGAGCGCAUCGGCAACUACAUGGAGAACUACUGCGAGAAAACGAGCGCGACGAUGGACCAGCUGCCGGUCGUGUUCGACACCACGGAGGACCCCAACGUCAACAACCUGACCCGGGCGGACGUCAACUGCGACAAGACCGGCACGUGCUACGACGUCUCCGUCAACUGCAAGGACACUCGCAUCGCCGUGCAGGUGCGCACCAACAAGCCCUUCAACGGGCGCAUCUACGCGCUGGGCCGCUCCGAGACGUGCAACAUCGACGUCAUCAACAGCGACCUGUUCCGCCUCGACCUCACCAUGACCGGGCAGGACUGCAACACGCAGUCUGUGGUGAGUAGUGAGACCGGAGUGUACUCCAACACGGUCGUCCUGCAGCACCACAGCGUCGUCAUGACCAAGGCCGACAAGAUCUACAAGGUCAAGUGCACCUACGACAUGUCCUCCAAGAACAUCACCUUCGGCAUGAUGCCCAUCAGGGACCCCGAGAUGAUCUCCAUCACGUCCGCCCCCGAGGCGCCUCCGCCGCGCAUCCGCAUCCUGGACGCGCGCAGCAGGGAGGUGGAGACGGUGCGCAUCGGCGACAAGCUCACCUUCCGCAUCGAGAUCCCCGAGGACACGCCUUACGGCAUCUUCGCCCGCAGCUGCGUCGCCAUGGCCAAGGACUCCAAGAGCACGUUCCAGAUCAUCGACGACGAAGGGUGCCCCGUGGACCCGGCCAUCUUCCCCGGCUUCAUCCCCGACGGCAACGCGCUGCAGUCCGUGUACGAGGCGUUCCGCUUCACCGAGUCGUACGGCGUCAUCUUCCAGUGCAACGUCAAGUACUGCCUCGGCCCGUGCGAGCCUGCCGUGUGUGAGUGGGGCCGCGAGUCCGUCGAGUCCUGGGGCAGAAGGAGACGUUCGGCGCCGUCCAACGACUCCGAGGAGGCGUCCGGCGACGACAUGACGCUGUCCCAGGAGAUCCUGGUGCUGGACUUCGGCGACGACAAGCAGAGCCAGUCCCUCAGGAGUGAGGCGUCCACCGACUUCGGCAAGGACCACACGGUCAUCAUGACGGACACGUGCCCGACGAGGACGUCCGUGCUCGCGCUGGGCGUGACGUGCGCCCUGCUGGCCCUCGUGUACCUGUCGACGCUGCUCUGCUACUGCACCAAGAAGUGGAUGUACCCCCAGAAGGUGGUGGCUUGAAGGAAGCCGCGGACACGAUGGCCAUGAACCUCCCGGUCCUGGAGCAAGGUGGCAGCACGUCGUGGCGCCCGUGGUGCCGACAUGCCGCCAGGCCCCAGCCACCCCUGCUGCAGUGUCCACGCCGCCUCCCCCACCGCCGCCAUCUAGACCCUCGUCCCGGACGAGUCCCGGACUGUGACGUGACACCAGGGGCAGUCUGGCCCAGAAGAAAUGGAUAACCUGGCAUCGUGGAGACUAUGGCCAGCCGCCGGAAGCGGCGUUGUUCAGUGCGCUGCUGGGCGUCUUCCGCGCACCGAGCCGCCGCCAGCUCGCUCGGGCGCGAGGAGGCCCACGCGGGGCACUCCGGUCUCAGCUUCAGUGGUUUCGAAAACUUCCUCCAAAAAAAAUGUUUGAAAAUGAUUGAAACUUAGGAAACGUGUGAGACUGUGUACAGUGUACAGUAGGCUGCUGGCCAUAGCAGUAGGUGUCGCAGCUAAUCCACUUCUUCCUCAAGUCCCCCAACCGUUUUGUGUCACAGUGCGAGACCACUUUGUUUCACGAUUGCAAUUAGACUGGUGGGUGGAGACGUCAGGUCGUAGACGUUCCCGGCAAGUUGGACUGCUGGCUAUGUAAGCAACCGUAGCAGGAAAAAAAAUUAUCAAGGUGACCAGUUACUCACCUGUCGCUUUUUUUUUGUCCCAUGACGCAGUUCUUCAUCGAAACAUAAUCUUAGUGUAUGCUCAAAAGACUUUCCCUUGACGCCUUGAGUUGUGUUCCAUUGUAAACUGUAUAGUGAGCACUCCCUCUCAAGUACUGCUCUGACUGAUGUUCUUCGCCGGAUGGUAGUGUGUUUGCUAUUUUGUUUUGAAGCUCCUGUGAUGUAUUAUGUUUUAUUGGGCGCAACUGCAGCAGGACCCGCGCUGCUCAGCGCGCUGCCGCUAGGCCCACCGCGACGGCCUCGCGAUGGCCCACUCGUGUUGGGCCUCCCGGAGCCCCGGUCCCGCCCCGCCUGCCUACAGUUCAUAACUUAUUAUUAAUUUAUUUAUGUAUUUUUAAAUGGGUCAGUCGUCUUCCAACUGUAGUGAGCAAAAGCUACAGAGAACGCCCCCAGUAGAAGUGUCCAUAACUAUGGCGGAAUGUGAGGAAAAAAAAUAAUCGAGGGAUAGUUUUUCUGACUGAACGGUCAGUUUUAAUGUUUUCCAUUCGUACUUGCCCAGGUCACUGUUUUGACACCAACUGGAUCUUGUCUAAGCUUUAAACAUGAACAACGAAAAGUGACCUGGGGUUUGACAAUUCCCCAAACUCUAUUACGCCGAUGACUCUGAUCGGUAUCCUCUGUAUCGACAUACCCACCACAAAGAUUGUCAUUUUGUUUACAAUCGUGUAGGUGUCUAAGACUUGCGUAAUUCAAAUCUACCGAUGUUACUGUCUCCUUUUUUCUUGGUCUAUUAUUGUUAUGUCUCCUAGCUGCAAAGCCGUAGCAAAAACCUUACACUAAUUUAUUUUGUAUAUAACUGUGAUCAAAUACAAAAUACUUUUACUUAAGAACAAUCCAGAUUAUUUAUACUUUUCCAUAAUAAAAUUGAGAGAAUAAGAAAA